AUGCUGGCACAGGUUGUGAAAAAGGAAAAGCCUAUCGAUCGUUCUAGCGUGGACACUGACCGAAUGCUCUUCGUAGGAGCAUGGUUUAAGGCGUGGGUUUAUUUGGGGCUCGUUUGCGGUUGGUGCAAAAGUGCACGACCACGUUUCGACACAUCUACGGAUAUGGGAUUGGUAUUGGUUCCAACCGAUGCCGAAGUCGAUUCCGUCAUUUUUCGAUUACGCGCCACCGAUCAGGAUGCGGACUUUCCUCUCGUGUUCGAAAUAACCGGUAAUUAAAGAGAAAAAAAAAAGAAGAAUGGUCAAAAAAUCGACAACUUGCCUUGCACAUUGUACAACAAAGUCUGUCAGGCUAAUGUAAUUUUAACGAAACGUCUUAUGCCGGGACGCCUUCACGAUUUCGCCGUCAGGGUUCGGGAUACUAAGGGAGACUCGAAUUCGAUGCAGGCUACUAUUUCCGCAACGAACGCCACAACCUCGCGUGAUAAAAUAUUUCCUCACAUUCCUUCUCUGAUAAUGGUACCUGAGGAUGCUAAGCCAGGCAGAGAACUAGAUUAUCUUCUCGUACGAGCGAACUCUUGGAGCGGCAAGCCAGUUUACAUCGAAUUAUGGCAACCGAAAGAACUUUUCACUAUUCGGCAACGACAAACACCUACGCAAACGCGCGGGGUCAUUACGCUAAUUGGCGAGUUGGACUUCGAGACGCAAUCGAUGUACACUCUCACCAUUUACGCGACGGAUCCUUACACGGAACCCGGAAAAGAUACUAGGAACAUCGCGGGACUGAAUAUCGUCGUUAUAGUGCAAGACGUACAGGACGUGCCGCCAAUUUUUACCCUAGCACCCCCUUUAACCAGGCUUAAUAAUUCUGUACAAAUCGGGGACGUAAUAUUACGAGUUCACGCGGAAGAUGGAGAUAAAGGAGUACCGCGUGAAAUCACGUAUGGUCUGGUAUCCGAAGGCAAUCCUUUCAUACCAUUUUUCAACAUUUCGGAAACAACCGGUGAGAUUGUUCUCGCGAAGCCUUUAGAGGAACUCACGCAAAUUACUCACGUUGGUGCACCGGUCGUGCUCACUGUUGUCGCUGAGGAAAUACGAAGAUCUAAGGACGAGCCACCAGCUCAAGCAACGGUUGUCGAUGUCGGUUUUCUUCUUGGAGAACCAGGCAACAGCCCGCCAUAUUUUGAGAAUGAUAACUACGUUACGUCAAUACCAGAGAAUUUGGAUCCAGGUUCUGUGAUAAUGUUCCCCGAGCAAUAUUCGACUAAAGUCCACGAUGAAGAUAUCGGUAAAGCUGGUGUUUUCGCGUUAAAACUACAGAAUAAUAAUGGUACUUUCGAAAUAAAUCCAACUGUUGCUGAAAGAACAGCAAAUUUUAUUCUCAUGGUGCGAGACAAUACACUCAUCGAUUACGAGAUGCAUGAAAGUUUAUCUUUUAAGAUUAUUGCUCAAGAAGUUGGUCCAGCAACAAAUUUAUCAGCAUCAGCAACAGUCGUAAUAUUUAUACAAGAUGUUAAUGAUAAUCCGCCCGUCUUUGACGAAGAAUCUUAUGAAGUUACAUUAUCCGAAAAUGUCACCGCUGGGACGCGGGUGAUUCAGGUGCAUGCAACCGACAAAGAUACUGGACUUUUUGGCAGUAUUCGAUAUACAGGCAUAAUAGGAGAAGGAAGCGAUGCUUUUGCAAUAGAUCCUGAUACGGGAUUAAUCACGGUUGCGAUGGGAUCUUCAUUAGAUCGUGAAAUGGCAGCGCAGCUACAAUUAACUAUAAUUGCACGUGACGAAAACGGUAAAGGUAACACGGGUGAAGUACCUUUGAUAGUAAAUUUACUGGACGUAAAUGACAACGCGCCAAUUUUCGAGAAAAAUACCUAUGAAUUUACAUUAAAUUCCGAUUUGACGAAUUUUUCAACGCCUGCUAUUAUCAAGGCCACCGAUGCUGAUGCCGAACCGCCAAACAAUGAAAUUCGUUACGAACUGAUUCACGGAAAUUAUGAAAAUAAAUUUUAUUUGAAUGAGAUUACCGGAGAACUGACGUUACUGUCACCUGUCACAAAAUUCAGGCGAAAGAAACAAAGUAUUUACGAUAAUUUUUCGAGGAAAUUACAUAAAAAAGCACAAAGUCUUCAACCAAAACACACAAUACAAGAGACUGUAAAAAAAACAACAGUAUUUCUGGAUAUGGCAAAUUCAACGGAAAGCGUUCCGAAUGAAACUGAAUUAAAACGUCAAAUUGGAGAGAUAAAAGGGCAUCGAAGAAAACGAGCGGAACCUGAUAUUUUAUAUACUUUAACUGCCAGGGCAUAUGAUCUUGGUGUACCUCAUCUCGCGAGUGAGACAGAGAUCUUCAUCGUUAGAGGCACUGCCAUGGAAGCUCGUAUAAUGAUGUUUGUGGUUUUGGGAGAUCAUCCAAAUUUAACGACAACUACGGAAACAUUAGCCACUAUUACUGGUGGACGAAUUACCGUAUUAGAAACACGUCCUUAUGUAUCAAAUAAUAAAACCGUAACGACCAGUCCUGUUCCAGCGGGAGAAAAAAGAACGAUCAUCGUAGCCCGCGUCGAACAAACCGAAAUCGGCACCCCUCUGGUGGACGUGGAAAAAAUUCGUAACAUAUUAGCCGCAAAUGGGGUGGGCAUUAUCAAUGGCGUAGGCACCAACAAUGAGUCUAUGACAGAUUACGAGUCUACCAUGAAAUAUCCAAUGGAUGGAGUAAUUCACAAUGGGGAAGACAGUACGGAGACCUAUGUAAACAAAACGAUCAUCGGUCACGACGAAGUAACUGUGUACAAAGCGGAGAAUAAGCUACUCCUGUGGUUACUAAUUAUUUUGGGUCUGCUAAUGUUGUUGGCCAUAGCGGCGCUCAUCAUCUGUUGUAUAUGUCCAGGCUGCCCAUUUUACAUGGCACCUAGAAAACGUAGAAUUCAUUCGUCGGAAACGCUUAUUGCUCGAUCCGAUGGUCGACCGAAACGACAUCUUCAUCGGAAACCGCUUGCAAUUGAUAUAAUUAAAUCAAACGGAAGAAAACAAGCUUGGAGCGCAGAUCCAACUCGAAGAAACUGGCAAUUCAAUCGUCAAAACACAAAGAACGAUGGCUUAGCAUCGCUUCCUGGUGACGUUGUGUACAUAUCGGAGCGUCUUCCAAUCGACCAAGCAAAUGUGGAAUCAUUGAGGUUACGUGACGGCCCAGCCUAUGAUCCUUCGAGGAGGAGAUUCGAAGAGCAAGAAAGAAUAUACGUACAAGAUGUCGAGAGGAAGGCUCGAGAGCUCAGAGAAAGAGAUUACGAUGCUAUGGAAGCAGAUUCUUUGCAACGACACGAAAUCGAACGUGGUUCGGAUAUUCAGCGCCAAGCUUACAAACAAAGAUAUGUCGAUCCUGAGUUAAGUAAUGAGAUAGCAAUAAGAGAGCAACAUUUUUAUCGCGAGGGUAACGCAGAGGUGCUGCAAUUAGUAACACGCGGACAAGUGGAGGAUAGGAGUCAACAUCGCCAUUAUCCAACUUUUAUAGUGGAUGGCAAGGAUGUACUUCUGGAGCGAUUUAUGCGGGAUCAAAAAGCACGGCACGAAUUGCCCAUACAAGAACCCGAGGUAGUACGCACCAUCGACUCUCAUCAACGUUCGAGAAAUUUAUACCAACAUAAGCAGGAAAUUCUUCUCUUACCGGAAGAACUGGACGUUAGACGUCGACGCGUGGAAGAAUUAGAAUCUAGUGCGCAAAAGUUAGCGAUGGACGAUAAAUACGAGGCGCAAAAUAUAGAUGCGGAGUCGCAGAUGCGAGACGUUCGUCGUCAAGAGAUCUCAACAAAUGUACCAGGGAUAUCGCCCAAAGAUAGACCAUCAAUUGUCAAAGAUCAAACACAAUCCACCACAAUGCAGUCAUACACGUUUCACGAUAUAGAACUGGCGAAGCAGAACGCUCUAUUGACAAGGAUAUUAUUGGAGAGGGAAUCUAGACAUGCUGGUGGCGUAAUGAUGGAUGCCGCAAGUUACUUAGAGACCCAAAGUCUUCCCGGACAAGUGGCAAUCGGGACGCAGACUGACAGAGCCGCUGCGACACAAACGGAUCGACAUGUCCGAAGUAGAAGUGACAAUGACGAGUCUGACGAGGAUAUCCGAAAUCGAAAAAGGAUGAAGAAACGCCACGGAGAAAGCAAAUUGAGAACGCGAACUUUAUGGAUGAAAACGCCUAUCAAAGAAGAGGAAGGCCCUUGUUUCGACAAACGACUGAACAUUUUGAGGAAGAAAGUACAAGCAGUGCAGGAGGGACGAAAGGUAUCCUUGGAACCUAAAGUGCUGCGGGAAAUCUCAGAUUCUCUCGACGAGAAUGGAAGUACUUGUCGCGAAAAAGCAAGAAAGUCAACAAAAACUCGUCAACAGUACACCGAAGAGAGUAGUAUUGGAUACAAAGUACUAGGCGAGAAAAAUGGUUCCUCUUCAUCGACGGAAGCAGAUAAGCAACAUGAUAAAUCUUCUGACGAGAAAAGAGUGAAAAGCUUGUCUUCUCCGGAAAUAAGUGUCGAUAAUGGAAAAUAUAUUCGCGAAACAACGAAAAAGACAAGUACCAGGAAAGAAAGUAGAAUAAAGAAGCAAAAGAAGGUAGAAUCCGUAAUAAAACCUAGUUUUCGAGUUUUAGAAAAAGAGAUCACAAUGCUGACGAAGAAACUAAGUAAACUCGCUGAUAAAAAAGUAAAACAAACUACUGAAAGUACAAGUCAGGAGAAAUCGAAAACCUCGCAAGACUUCAAGAAAGAUUCAGAUAGUACAUCGAAGAAAACAGAGGACUCAAAGAAGCACAAACGGUUUGAGGUUUCUCCAAGUACAUCGAAAGAGACGAAGAAAGAAAAAUUUAAGUACCAGCAACCGCAGAUUAUGAGCGCCGGUAGUUCCGAAAACGAGGAUGCGUUUGAAAAAACGGAAAAAUCGAAAUUAACUUCUCAAGAAGCUGCGAAACACAAACAAACGAGUAGCCAUACGAAAGUGAAAAGGCAAACGCUUGAACGUAAAGAACGCAAAAAGCAAAUUAUACAACAGGAUCGAGAGUUCGAGAAGCGCAGAAAAGCCGCGAGUAAAGAAAGCGGCAGGCCGAAGGCUGACAAAACUGUCAAAGUAACGUCGCGUAUGCAAAAGUUAGCAGCAAUUGGUCGUAAGAAACAUAUCUCGGAGGAACCAAGCACGAGUACAAGUUCCGAUCGUAUGAAUGGCAAAAAGGAUUCGUUCAUAAGUCGCGAUUUCGACAAGAAAAGCAUGGAGUCUUCGGAAGUUCCAUCGAAUCACGCGGAUCAACAAAAAUCAAAACAGAAACUACACGUAAGCGAGAAAUUCUCUGAUGACUUCGUGCCAGAACCGCAGAGAAGAGACAUCGAUCAGCUAAGCGUGUUUCUUCUAACAAUGAACAGAAACAUAGUUAAAGAAGACGUUGCAAAUGGUAAAGAAGAUAUCGAAAUAAUACAACAAUUUUCUGAUGACUUCGUAAUAGAACCACAGACAAAAAAGCUAGAACAUCAAAUGCAAGCUACGGUUGAAAGUGAAGUUUUCAGCAGCAAUAAAGAAAAUGUGUAUCACGAUUUUGACAAAGAACACUUGAUGUUAAAGGAAACUAUUGAAGAUCUCGCAAUUGUUCAAAAUAUGGAAGAUACGCAACACAAAAGUGAGACAAUAUUAGACAUCCCAAGCAUAGAACAAUUUGAAUUAUUUGAAGUCUCUAAGAGAGAAUUGGAAGACAGCAAGGCAACAAUGCCUUCGGAUUCUCUUAUCACAAAAGCGUUAGAAGAAACAGAGAAAGUGCCAUCUUACAGUGAGAAAAGAGCUGUUGAAAGAAGAAUAGCUUAUAUGUCUGGAAAGCAUAAAGAAAUAGCAGAAGAAUCUUCCUAUGAAACUGAACAGGAAAUGUUAGAAGAGGAAGUUAUACCGGAAAAAGAAUUACAUGAAAUACAGAGAUCGAAAGCUGUUGAAGAGAUUGUGAGUGAAAAAGCGAUGGAGCAACAUAUAGAAAGUUUGACCAAAUCAAUUGAUAGAACAGAGCAUAUAGAAGAAGAAAAAGAACAUAAAAACGGAUAUACGUCAUUAUAUUCAAGCGAAACGGACAAAUCUGAAGAAUUAUAUAAAACUGAAAGUGAUCAAAAAGAAGAAUUAAGUCUUGAAUCAAAGAAAUAUAUUGAAGAGGAAAUUUCUUCAACAAAAGAUGCAAUAGAUACCGGACAAAAGAUGGUAGAAGAAUUAAUGCAGAGAGAAAACGAAGAGGACUUGUUACGUGAAAUUAAAAGUGACGUAGAGAAACCAAAAGAAUAUGAAAUUCAGGAAUCUGAUGUAGAGAAAAGAGAAAAAUCAACAACUACAGCAUCUGAAGAAUCGUUCGAUACCAGUCGACCUUUUACAGACGAUACUAAAAAUUUAAAUGGUUUUCAGAGAGCAUUUGCAAUUGAUGAUGAUACAUUAUUAUACAUUGACGAAACAUCAAAUAGUGACGAAACAUCAAAAUCAGAUCACGAUUCGACUCGAUCUGAGCUUACCGAAGUACCAGAUAUUGUAAAGAAAACUACUGAUAAAGAUGAAUUGGAGCAUUUAAGCGACGAUCUUACUACAAAGACAGAAAUCGAAAGCCAUGAAACUAAGAAAGAAUCGCACAUAUCUCCUGAAAGACUAUCUGACAUCCACAAGACGAAAGAAGAGGAACUUGAUGAAGAUAAGCUUCUCACGUCUUUAACGGACAUUAUUACUUCCAAAAAAGAGGUUAUUGAAGAACAAUUACAAGUUGAUCAUACAAAGGAGAAAGAAGAAUCACUGUUCCAAGAAGAUGAAGAAGCAGCAGAAAAAAUAUCUGCAGUAAAAGAAAGAUCUGAUGAAGAAUCUUUUACUAUUUUAUCAAGUACUUCUUUUGAAGUACUUGAUAAGGAAUCUUCUAUCGAGUUGCCGAAGGAUUCGAAUCUGCAACAGUCAACCGUCAGUGAACCAGACAUGGUGGAGAGUUUUGUAAUAAUCUCUAAGAGCGGAGCAGUCACAGAGCCACAAGACAAAGGAGAGCAGCAAGCAGACGUAAGCGUUCCAAUUUUUAGCAGCUUUAUUGAUGAUACACUCGAUGUUUCAGAGGAGAGCGACUCAUCCAGUGAUGUUUCUAGGAAAACAACGCUGACCACGAGACCCUAUGAUACUCCGCGCCAUCGACAAAAAUGGCAGCAGCAAGAAAGCAUUGAAAUAGCAGGAAUCUCUGGUGUAAGAACUUUCAGAGAUGGAGAAGACGCAAAAACGGAAACCGAACUAGAAGAGGAUACAGAUAGUAACUUAUCGCUCGAUGAAAUUGAGAAGACAGAAGAUUCGAUCACAACUGAAUCAACGAGUGAAUUAAAAGAAGAUAUCGAAAUCGCUGGUACAUCUGAAAAGACUUUUUCUGACGAAAGAAUUUCGCCUACGUCUCUUUUAAAAGAAGGAGACGAUAAAGAUAUAACAGAUAAAGAUUUUGAAUCGAAAAUCGGAAUUGAAGAACCAGAAACUGAUAUAAAAUCGGAAAUAAAAAAUUUAUUGACGACAAUUCAAGAUAUAGUUCCUUUGACUCUAAGUAUUAAAGAAUUAAAUGACAUAUCAAAAGAAAAUAUUAAUGAUGAAAUUCCCGCAACAAAGGAAGACGCGGAAUCUAAAAGUGAAAUUGCUACGCCUCGUAAAAAGAUCGAAAAAAUGUUCGAAUCUGUGAAACAAGAUGAUAAAAGUAAAAUUAGGUCACCUAAAUCUGAGCAAGUAGAUCUAAAAAAAGAUAAAAUAAUAACUAAAACCAUUGAAAUGGACAAAACUAAAAUUGGAGACAUUGAGAUAGACAAAAUAAGAAGUAAAGGAAGUGAUGUAUCAUUAACUCCGAAAAAAUAUAUUACGAAAACUAUACCUUCCGAACGUUUCGUGAAGAAAACAAAGAAAUCUGAACAAUUGAAAGUGCCUUCACCCAGGGAAAAAAAACGUGUUCUUGAUAAAUCAGAAGAAAAAGCUACGCCGAGUUAUUCUCAGCGUAGAUCUCGUAAAUUUAUCGAUGAUGAUUCAAAGAAGCAAACAAGAAGUAGUGAAUCGCAGAAGCGAUCGCCACGAAGGGGAGAAGAACAGCAUCCUCGAAAACAGCAGGUAUCCAAAUCAAAAUUUAAGACAGACAAGAAAGCUACAAUUCCUCCGAAAACGGGCGAAGUCGAUAUGAGUAAAACGCAGUCAAAGUACAUGGCUUGGUACAAUAAAAAACGCGAGGAAGCGGAGAAAAAGAGAUUAGAGAAGAAAGCAAUGGAUGAUGAGGAGCAGCUACCACGUUGGGUAAGUAGAAGUUUGAAGCAAACGACGAAGCAAAGAGAGAAGCUAACAAUAGAACGCAAAACACCAGAGAUAACGCCGCGUACCAGACGCAAGAUCAAACCUCUGGUGAACGUCGAAUCAGAGCAGUUGAAGGCCAUUGUGCGUCAAGGACGACAAUUAAGAAGGGCCGAGGGUAGUCUCAAGGAAGACCCGACGAUUCAGAUAUUCGCCAGAUCACCGCCGGUCUCUACUUCGGACACGCAGCAUCGUCUGCUGCAGCAUUCGGAAUACAAAUAUGAGAGAAUACCACCUCCAUUUUAUCUUCAUCCACCUCCGGCUCCGCACCCAUCGCCACAGUUAUCGCCAGAAAGAUGCCUCGAAAUGCAACCGUGUGGAUCGCAAUACGAACAAUCCGAGAGUGAUCUGCAGUCAGAAAAUGCAGCGUCAUUUCAAAGUGGCGGUCGUCUACGCCAUCAACAACUUCUCGAGAAAAAAAGCGUCUUCGAUAUCGCAUACAGCGAAGCUGCACCAUCGCAACUUCGAUCUGAUAGCACAACUCCGCCGUCCUAA